AUGGCACAGAACUACAAUUACCAGCUAAACUUCUGGGACGAUCAAGAGGAGGGGGUGCGGAUCUUGUUGCGACAUGUGGCGCAGGGGCUGGAUGCGUGCAAGAACAUGGUGACCUUCUUCGAGGAGCGCAGCAAGCUGGAGAAGGACUACUCGCGCAAGCUGGGUGCGAUCGCGAACCGCCUGGAGCAGCAGCUGGAGUCCACUCCGGACUACGGGAACAUGCAGAAGUGUGCGGAGCUCUGCCGGGCGGAGCAGAGCAAACUGGCCCAGAGCCACUCGAAACAGGCAGAGCAGAUCUACCGCGAGAAUUACCUUUCGCUGAAGGAGUUUGUGAGCGACGGCCAGGCGCGCUACAAGACACUGGAGGGUAAGAUCCGGCAGCUGCGCCAAGACAAGCUGCAGAAGCGGCAGAUGUAUGAUGAACUGUUGGACAAACUGGAGAAGGCGAAGGCGGAGCUCCGCGAGAUCCAAUUGAACCAGAUCAACGUCGUGAGUGGGCGCGAGAUGACUGCAAACGAGCGUCAGCUGAAUAAAUGGAGCGCCAUUGUGGACGAACUCCACCGCAAGAUCGACGUGCUGGGGCAGGAGUACAAGAGCGCCAAGCGGCACUGGCUGCAAGAGUGGGGUCCUCUAAGUAUGGAUUUGCAGCUUUUGGAAGAGUCGCGUAUCCAGAUGACGAAGACUAAGCUUCAGGAGUUUGUCACAUUCAGCACAGACUGUGCUAUUCAUGAGCAGAUAUCAAUGGACAAGAUGACCAACAUGCUGAGUGGGUUCACCGCACAGCAAGAUAUCCAUUCGUUUGCCUACAAUCACGGCACAGGCCGGAUAAAGUCGAAGUCGGUAGAAGCCACGUUUAACAAAUCUGCUUCUGUGGCUACGCCGGUCGACAAACACACCGAAAACAUGCGCAUUCUUUCAUCCAAGUUAUCGCGCAAUCGGCCAGCCAGCCAGCGGAUGCCUUCCAAUGAGUUCUGCCGGGACCCCGGAAGCGAUAAUUCCUCGGUAAUUGUGCUGGACGAUGAUAUAAUGUAUGGUCAACCAGCCAAGAUGUGCGACAACCGCAUCUCCUGCAUCUCGAAUGAUCUGGCUGAUUAUUCAAUACAAUCGCGUGUGUCGUCUGUGAAGCGGUCUUCGAUGCAUGGCCGACCCAUCAUGUCGGCCGCCUCGAGAAGCCCUACCGAACCAAGUUAUCUUGACAGGCACCCAAUUGAUUAUGCCGACCACACGCCCCAGAGUGCCGCGAUGAAAGGUUACCUGCAACAGCAGCAGCAGACACAGAAUACUGAGAUACGUAGGGCUGUUCGUGAGCAGCAGCUACAGCAUCGCGAGGGCCGUUUCAAUACUGGCCCUCUUUCAGCGGGAUCCUCGUCUUCUAAUUCGAACCCCACCGACACUACAGCCAGAAGCAUGGCCACGAGUGCGGACUCGAUGGUAACGUCCAUCUCCUCGUACGCAAGCAGUAUCGAUGACUCCCAGCGGCUGGCAAAGUCUUGGAACUCAAGGAAUAGACGCAAAUCUCGUGAUUACUCUAGGCCUAGGGAGGCAGAUUCGCGCCAUUCAUCUGAUGAGGACCGUAUACUCGGCCAACGCACGGAAAUGAGUGGCGUGACACCGACCCGCUCGCGGUCGCACCAUCGCAAGUCGCUUGGAUCGGACGUUGAGGGGGCUCUACGUGCGCUCGAAGAGGAUGAGAUGCGUAAACGUAAUGGUAGAGAUGACAGGUCGUCCCACGCAGGCAGAUCCGCACACAGCGAUGACUUUGAGAGCUCUCGAACCAUCAAUCGCCAGCCUCAAUUCAUUCCAUUCCAGCGCACCAAAAGCGUUGCGAUGGAGUGGCCCAAGGUCACCAGCAAGGGUCGCCGUGUUAUCGGCUACGCGCGCGCUAUCUACAGCUUCACGGAGCCUAACGACAAUGACAUUCUGUACUUCGAGAUGGGGGACCACUUGCUGCUCACUGAAAAGCUGAACACCGACUGGUAUAUCGGGGAAGUCCACAAUGGGAACGGCAAGCAGGGGCUCAUUCCGAUGAACUACGUGGAACUGCUCUCCUGA